CGGCGGCCGUUUCGGCCCGCGAGAUGGCGCCGCUGAGCCUCCAACUCUUUCCCUCUCUCUCUCCCCCUCUCUCUCUCCCCUCACAGGCUUCCCGGCGCCCGGUUCUGCUGGGCGGCGAUACCUCCUCUGAGGCCGCUCGGAGUCGGCUCCGCUCCUGCCAGCAGAGGCGGAACAGCGGCCAGUGGCGAAGUCCCGGGAAGAGAGGACGGGCUCCCCGCCGCGAGGAACAGGAGUGGAGCCGAAGCUGCUGCUGCUGCUGCCGCCUGCUCCUCGCCAUGCCCCGCGCUUUAGCCGCCUGCCUUUUCCUGCUCCCGCUCUGCGCCCGGGCUUUAGCUCUAAACGUUGCUGCAGAAGAUGUAAAGGACAGGACUGAGCAGCUGUCACAGACGUCAGAAAGAAGUGGAAACUCGACUAAAAUAAGCAAGGAACUAAAAGAAAUAGUAUUUGUCAUCCAGAGUCAAAGGAAUUCUUUUCAUUUGAAGAAAGCAGAUGAUCUAAAACAAAGUAUUUUCAAACAAGCUGCAGUUCUUGGAAAGGAGAUGCCCACAGUUCUGCUUAUUCAUCAGAUGGACAAGCAUGAAGGUGCAUGGACCAUUCUACCAUUAAUGCACGAUUUUUCUGUUACAUACAGCAGAAAUUCUUCAUGGUUUUUCUUCUGUGAAGAAGAUACAAGAAUACAUCUUGUAAAGCUACUGAAAAUACUUGAAGGCUAUGACAAGUCUAAGGAAUAUUUUUUAGGAAAAGCGUUACAUGAUGAUGAAUCUACAAUUAUUCACCAUUAUGCAUUUGCAGAAAACCCUACAAUUUUUAAAUUUCCAGAUUUUGCUGCUGGCUGGGCACUUAGUAUUCCACUUGUCAAGAAGCUUGCAAAGAGGCUGAAGAAUGAACCUUUGAAGUCAGAUUUUACAAUAGAUUUAAAAUACGAGAUUGCGCUUUAUAUCUGGGAGAAAGGCAGUGGACCACAUCUCACCCCAGUCCCUGACUUCUGUACAGAAGACUUUGACUCUCCUAAUGCUGCUCACUGUGCCACUACAUUUGCUAAUUUCCUCCCACUUUGUGGAGAUCCUGUGAAGAAAACAGAUAUCUUUGUUGCUGUAAAAACAUGCAGGAAAUUCCACGGAGACAGAAUACCCAUUGUAAAGCAGACCUGGGAAAAAGAGGCCGCUCUUAUUGAAUACUACAGUGAUUAUGCAGAAAGUUCAAUACCCACUGUUGAUUUAGGAGUGCCAAAUACUGAUAGAGGUCAUUGUGGGAAGACUUUUGCCAUUUUGGAAAGGUUUCUAAAGCACAGCCCUGCUGCAACACCUUGGUUAAUCAUUGUGGAUGAUGACACUUUAAUAAGCAUUUCUAGGCUCCAGAAAUUUCUCAGCUGCUACAACCCAACCGAGCCAGUGAUUAUUGGAGAACGCUAUGGUUAUGGAUUGGGGUCAGGAGGCUAUAGUUAUAUCACUGGUGGAGGAGGGAUGGUUUUCAGUAGAGCAGCAAUCCAAAGAUUAUUUGCUAGUAAAUGCCGGUGUUACAGCAAUGAUGCCCCUGAUGAUAUGGUGAUUGGAAUGUGUUUCAGUGGUUUAGGAAUUCCAGUAACACACAGCCCUCUCUUCCAUCAGGCUCGGCCAAUGGAUUACCCAAAGGAUUAUCUUUCCCAUCAAGUUCCAAUAUCAUUUCACAAACACUGGAACGUCGAUCCGGUGAAAGUGUACUUCACAUGGUUGGCACCAGAACAGAAAGAUUUUCAAGAUGGACGUAAACACAUCAGGGAGGACUUAUAAUCUUUAAUAUAUAUAUAUUAUAUAAUAUAUAAAUAUUGCUGUAGGUUUAAUAUUAGAGCACCGCCUGAAUUUUGUUGUUGUAUUUAUAAUGAUUUGUUGCCCACAUUGUACUGAACACUUAGGGCAUGAUCCGGUCCUACUUUUGGCACACCUUCCUGUUUUCUCCCUCUGGUGUACUAGUGACAUGCAUCACAUAACUAGGGAAGGCUGGGCAGGGGCGUGGGGAGGGCACACAGACCCCUCUUCCCUUGCAGUGCUUCAGCAUUCCUUUGUGUAUGUACCAAUGGUGAGAGAGGGAAAACAGAUAUAUAUUGAGCCCUAUGGGACUCCUCCACACACAGGCACACCCUAAUACUGCGUCCUUCCUUAAAUAUCCCCGUCCAGAAUGAAUUAAAAUACAUAUCACAUGCUCACAUAUUCAUACAUAAACUCAGUAAAUCUACACAUACAUAUGUGUUUGUUGGGCUGCAGGUCUUUUACUGUUAAAUAACAUUUACUUUUCGAAUUUUGUACACAUCCAUAAUAUGUCAAAUACUAAGUUUUUUAAAAAAUAUUUUAAAAAAAAAUUUCAAUGAUAGGACAGGUUCUAUCUCCCCACCCUGGCUGUUAUCAGCAUAUUAGGGGUCUGGUGAUAAAGUAUGUGGAACUCCUUUGAGGGCUUAUCCACACUUAACCUUUUCCCCUAUUCUCUCCAGGCAUAGCUCCGGGCUUUACAGCGUGUUCUCUCUCUCUCUCUCUCUCUCCCUCAGAACUUUCCCCGCAAAAACCCUCUCUUUAAAGCUGAAGCGUAACAAACUGCAAUUUGGAGUUUCCAUGGAUUGCCAUUUGCUCUAGACAUGGAGCUUUAAAGUGCUGGCCAUGCCUGGGGAGUGCAGAGGAAUCCUGAGUUGCAAAGGGUUUUGUGGAUCUUUUUUCUGUUGGUAUGUAAACAGAAGGGAGGUUGGAAUUAGUCUGACUAUCAGAUGAGAGAAUUUCUGUAUUUUCAUUACCUUCUCUGUCUGUAUGAACAUGCACUGUUCAAAACACACAAUUUAUAGAUCAUUAAAAUGCAAAGGCUUGGUGUUACUAAACUGGCCACAAGGUGUCACUACUUAGACUCCAAAAACCUGGUUACACUUCCGUUAACAAAUGUAUCUCAAUGAAUCUUGGAAACUUACCGCUGUGAUACUUACCUUCCUUACAUGGCAUUAUGUAGUUUGUACGCACAAGACUGAACUCUAGUUUACAUCCAUAACUGAAUGUCAUCUACCACUUCCUUUUAUUGAAGGGAUACUAUACGUGUAAUUGUGACAUGCUGAAAGCAGCUUUUUUAAUUCUGUUUUGCGUAGAGUAAGGCCAAGCCAAAAGCAAGGCGGGUGGGACGAGUAAUUGUGAAAAACUUCACCGCCACCCAUGAAACACAUAAAUGUUUUCAGCAAUUACUUAUUGUAAGAAUUACAAAUGGGACAAAAAUGCUGGCCAGUUCAGAUUGGUAACAAGAAACAUUGCAGUCACUCUGGUUUUGCUUCAUAAUACCAUAACGUGCCCUAAUACGAUCAACUACAAGAUCUCUGAAUGGCUGGGAUUACCUCAGGAUAAGAAACCACUGAUUUUGUUUGUUUGUUCUUAAAGACCCUGAAGUUACAGAUCAUGGAAAGAAGCAGUUGUGAGUAUGGGGUAAAUAAGGAGUAUUAAAAAGACAAACAAAGACUCCCUUUGUGAAUCUUCCAUACCUUCACUCACCAAAAUUUUGUGGUUGGAAAUUAAUUGCAGUCCUCCUAGUAAAGAUUUGUAUAGUAUCUAUCAUAAUAGUCCUAACAUUUAUAACAAAACGCGUUUUGUUGAAGGCCACUUGAGGUUGCCUAACCUAAUGUUGCUUACUGUAUUUUAACCAAACACAGGGUCUUAAAGCCAUAUUGUAUAAUUGUUUUAAUAUAUGUUUAAACAUGGUUAGCACAGCACUUCAUUCUGUUCCAAAGCAAAGCAGUUUCUUACCAUUGGCAAAAAUGGGACAGGAUUUUUUCCUGUCAGGAAUUACUGAAGCAGUAUGCGCACGCCCGUGAAUGUAGCUUGGGUAUUUUUAAGCGUGCGAACGGUGAGCACAUUCGAGAUGGACAAGUGCUUGAAUUGGAGGAACCAGCAUCUUAAAUGCUUUCUCUUUCUUCCCUCUCUCAGUGCCUUAAACUAUAGAUAUUUCUACUGAUAAUCAGAUCUUCUAUGUUUUUGAACUGUAUGGGGUAUGUUGUUAUUUAUGUUGUUUCGAACUGUGUAAACCUAAAAUGGAAUAAAACACAACUGUUUAAAAACCUGGAA